AUGACCGAACGAUAUCGUAUCGGUUAUGUGUUAACUAAACAUAUUGCAGUCUUUGACCUGUUUAGAGAAUAUGCAAGGCAAGAGUUCGUUAAGCUCGAUAUCGGAAACUUGUCACAAGAUCGAGGCUUUUUUGAUAUUAUAAUUCAUAAAAUCACCAAGUUAUUGAUUUCUUCAGACCCCGAUGAUAGCGAUAAACUCGCGCAGUUCGAGGCAUUUUUAGCGCAACAUCCUGAAUCGAUUGUAAUAGAUCCUCUGGAAUACAUCAGACCAUUAGUGCACAGAGGGGAGAUGUUGAGAAUGUUAAAAAAGUCUAGAUGGGCAGAGAAUUCAACAGAUGCUCUUUUUUAUCUCCCGAAAAGUGCAAUAGUUCGGCCGUUAUCAUUGGAGACCGUUCUACAAUCUGGUCUGAAGUUUCCAUUAGUCUGCAAACCAAUAGCAGGAAGCGCGUCGGUGCAUUCUCAUCAAAUACUAUUGCUUCCGUCCGCAGAAGCAUUUGCGAAACGUCUAUCCGGAGAACUAGAGGACUAUAUAAAUCAGAAUCAAUCCUGCUUAUUACAAGAAUUUGUGAAUCACGAUGGAAUUAUAUUUAAAUGCUUUGUCAUUGGUAACAAAUCUGUACAUGUAGCAAGGCCUUCAAUGAAAAACUUAAAAGAAGACGAAGACGUACAUAUAUUCGAUAGCCAGCGUAUUCCAAAGUCAUUUGCAUGGGAGUCUAAUUUGCCGUCUAAAAGUGAGAAAUGGGACACACUAUUUGAAAUUUCACCUUCUCAGGAUAUGCUCGACUAUAAAAACUCAUUGUUAAACGAGUCACGUCUAAAUGCUAUUGCAACUUCUAUUGGUCGGCAAAGUAAUCUAACUCUCUUUGGGUUUGACGUUAUUAUCGAGGCAUCAGCACAAAAGCUCUAUAUAGUCGAUAUCAAUUAUUUUCCCGGUUAUGACAAUAUCCCCGACUUUAAUGCCGAAUUUCUAAAAACUCUUCUUGACAAGUUGCGGGCCAGGUCGCGAAUUAAUUGA